AUGAGAUUGGACGGCGCUCGGUCGCUCGAACAGCCUCAGCAGGCCGGGCAACAGCAGCAGCAGCAGCAGCAGCAGCAGCAGCAGGAGGAGCAGCAGGAGCAGGAGGCAGACAGUGACCAAGAGGAGGGCGAAGGCGAGUGGGAGGAUGAGUACGAAGACGAGUGGGAGGAGUACGAGGAGGGAGUCGAGGGGGAAGUGGCCGAGGAGGAGGAGGAGGAGGAGGAGCCGUCGAGCCGCAGCAACGCCAUUCCCGCCGACGCGACCUCUACCCCUUACGUCGAGGGCCAGUUUGUCGAGGUGGGCCUCAUUACUAAGGCCUUUGGCAUCAGGGGCGAGGUCAAGGUCAACCCCUCAACCGACGAGCCGCGCAAGCGCUUUGCCAAGGGCAAGCGCCUCUGGCUGCAGCCGCCCCCAGCCCGCGGCAUGCUGUCGCGCGGCGCACCCCAGCCGCCGCUGCAGCGCGUCGUGGUGGAGUCCUCGCGCGUCGUGAAGCCGGAGAUGAAGGGGCGCCCAGGAUCUGAGAUCUGGGGCAUCAAGCUGAGGGAGGUGCCCAGCCGCGACGCCGCCGAGGCGCUGGCGCAGCAGAAGCUGCUGCUGGCGCUGUGUGAUAGGGAGAAGCUGCGCAAGGGGGAUGAGUAUUUUAUCCAGGACCUGGUGGGGCUGAAGGUGUACGAGCACUCCAGUGGCCGCCUGCUGGGGCUGGUGACGGAGGUGUAUGAUGGAACAGGCACCUUCAGCACGCUGCGCGUCAGGCUGGCACCCAGCAGGGAGGACAUCGCCGCGAGCGUCAUGCGGACCACGCUGCUGCCUUUCGCCGCCGAAGUGGUGCCGGAGGUGGAUGUGGAUGCCGGUCGCAUGGAGGUGGACCCGCCUGAAGGCCUGCUGGACCUGGUGAGCAAGAAGAAGCUGCGGAAGCCAUACACACCCGAGCAGGCGGCGCGCCUGCUGACGCAGAUAGAGGAGGAAGAGAGGCGGGUGGCCGCCGUUGCCGCGGCGAAGGCGGCUGCGGCGCCGACUGAGGAGCGGCGGCAGGGAGACAGCAGCGGCGAUGCUGCUGAGCAGCAAUAG